AUGCCGCUACCCGAUUGCACCUCAAACUGUGUUACAAGGGUUAUUGUUACGACUCCUUCUGGGGUUAUUACUACGGUGACGACUCCUGGUACUAUGGCAGGCACAACGACAAUUCCGCCGCUACCUGGAUGCACAUCUAACUGCAUUACGAGUGUUAUCGUUACCGUUACUGCUGGAAUUGUUACAAUUUUAACUCCAGGACUAGUAGCGGGUACAACUACGAUCCCACCGCUCCCUGGAUGUACCUCUAACUGCAUUACGAGCGUUAUUAUUACGACUCCUUUUGGGGGUAUUACUACAGUUACGACUCAUGGUACCGUAGCAGGCACAACUACGAUUCCGCCGCUGCCUGGGUGUACCUCUAACUGCAUUACGAGCGUUAUUGUGAUGGCUCCUGCUGGGGGGAUUACUACAGUUACGACUCAUGGUACCGUAGCAGGCACAACGACAAUUCCACCGCUACCUGGAUGCAUAUCUAACUGCAUUACGAGUGUUAUUGUUACGACUCCUGCUGAAGGUAUUACUACAGUUACGACUCCUGGUCUAGUAGCGGGUACAACGACGAUUCCGCCGCUCUCUGGAUGUACCUCUAACUGCAUUACGAGUGUUAUUGUUACGACUCCUUCUGGGGGUAUUACUACAGUUACGACUCCUGGUACCCUAGCAGGCACAACGACAAUUCCGCCGCUGCCUGGAUGCACAUCUAACUGCAUUACGAGUAUUAUCGUUACCGUCACUGCUGGAAUUAUUACAAUUUCAACUCCAGGACUAGUAGCGGGUACAACAACGAUUCCGCCGCUCCCUGGAUGUACCUCUAACUGCAUCACGAGCGUUAUUGUUAUGACUCCUGCUGGGGGGAUUACUACAGUUACGACACCUGGUACCGUUGCAGGCACAACGACAAUUCCGCCGCUACCUGGAUGCACAUCUAACUGCAUUACGAGUGUUAUUGUUACGACUCCUACUGGAGGUAUUACUAUAGUUACGACUCCUGGUACCGUAGCGGGUACAACUACGAUUCUGCCGCUGCCUGGAUGUACGUCUAACUGCAUUACGAGUGUUAUUAUUACGACACCUGCUGGGGGUAUUACUACGGUUACAACUCCUGGUACUGUGGCAGGCACAACGACAAUUCCGCCGCUCCCUGGAUGCACAUCUAACUGCAUUACGAGUGUUAUCGUUACCGUUACUGCUGGAAUUGUUACAAUUUCAACUCCAGGACUAGUAGCGGGUACAACUACGAUUCCGCCGCUAUCUGGAUGCACAUCUAACUGCAUUACGAGUGUUAUUGUUACGACUCAUAAUGGAGGUAUUACCACAGUUACGACUCAUGGUCUCGUAGCAGGCACAACUACGAUUCUGCCACUCCCUGGAUGUACCUCUAACUGCAUUACCAGUAUUAUUAUUAUAAAUCCUUCUGGGGGUAUUACUACAAUUACGACUCCUGGUGCAGUAGCCGGUACGACUACGAUUACGCCGCUCUCUGGAUGUACCUCUAACUGCAUUACGAGCAUUAUUGUUACGACACCUGCUGGGGGUAUUACUACGGUCACGACUCCUGGUACUGUAGCAGGUACAACGACAAUUCCGCCACUGCCAGGAUGCACAUCUCACUGCAUUACGAGUGUUAUCGUUAUCGUUACUGCUGGAAUUAUUACAGUUUCAACUCCAGGACUAGAAGCCGGUACAACUACGAUCCCGCCGCUCACUGGAUGUACCUCUAACUGCAUUACGAGUGUUAUUGUUACGACUCCUGCUAGAGGUAUUACUACAGUUACGACUCCUGGUCUCGUAGCGGGUACGACUACGAUUCCGCCGCUCCCUGGAUGUAUCUCUAACUGCAUUACAAGUGUGAUUGUUACGACUCCUGCUGGAGGUAUUACUACAGUUACGACUACUGGUCUCGUAGCGGGUACAACUACGAUUCCGCCGCUCCCUGGAUGUACCUCUAAAUGCAUUACGAGUGUUAUUGUUACGACUCCUGCUGGAGGUAUCACUACGGUAACGACUCCUGGUACCGUAGCAGGCACAACGACAAUUCCGCCGCUCACUGGAUGUACAUCUAAUUCCAUUACGAGCGUUGUUGUUACGACCCCUGCUGGAGGUAUUACUACAGUUACGACUGCUGGUACCGUAGCAGGUACAACGACAAUUCCGCCGCUGUCUGGAUGUACCUCUAACUGCAUUACAACUGUUAUCGUUACCAUGACUGCUAGAAUUGUUACAGUUUCAACUCCAGGACUAGUAGCGGGUACAACUACGAUUCCGCCGCCUUCUGGAUGUAUCUCUAACUGCAUUACGAGUGUUAUUAUUACCACUCCUACUGGAGGUAUUACUACAGUUACCACUCCUGGACCAGUAGCCGGUACAACUACGAUUCCGCCGCUUCCUGGAUGUACGUUUAACUGCAUUACGAGUGUUAUUGUUACUACUCCUGCUGGAGGUAUUACUACUGUUACGACUCCUGGUCUCGUAGCGGGUACAACUACGAUUCCGCCGCUCCCUGGGUGUACGUCUAACUGCAUUACGAGUGUUAUUGUAACGACUCCAACUGGAGGUAUUACUACAUUUACGACUCCUGGUCUCGUAGCAGGUACAACUACGAUUCCGCCGCUCUCUGGAUGUACUUCUAACUGUAUUACGAGAGUUAUUGUAACGACUCCUGCUGGAGGUAUUACUACAGUUACGACUCCUGGACCAGUAGCCGGUACAACUACGAUUUCGCCGCUCCCUGGAUGUACCUCUAGCUGCAUUAUGAGUGUUAUCGUUACCGUUACUGCUGGAAUUGUUACAGUUUCAACUCCAGGACUAGUAGCGGGUACAACUACGAUUCCGCCGCUUUUUGGAUGUACCUCCAACUGCAUUACGACUGUUAUUGUUACGACUCCUGCUGGAGGUAUCACUACUGUUACGACUCCUGGUCUCGUAGCGGGUACAACUACGAUUCCGCCGCUUUUUGGAUGUACCUCCAACUGCAUUACGACUGUUAUUGUUACGACUCCUUUUGGGGGUAUUACUACAGUUACGACUCAUGGUACCGUAGCAGGCACAACUACGAUUCCGCCGCUGCCUGGGUGUACCUCUAACUGCAUCACGAGCGUUAUUGUUAUGACUCCUGCUGGGGGGAUUACUACAGUUACGACACCUGGUACCGUUGCAGGCACAACGACAAUUCCGCCGCUACCUGGAUGCACAUCUAACUGCAUUACAAGUGUUAUUGUUACGACUCCUGCUGGAGGUAUUACUACAGUUACGACUCCUGGUACCGUAGCGGGUACAACUACGAUUCCGCCGCUCCCUGGAUGUACCUCUAACUGUAUUACAAGUGUUAUUGUUACGACACCUGCUGGGGGUAUUACUACGGUUACAACUCCUGGUACUGUAGCAGGUACAUCGACGAUUCCGCCGCUCCCUGGAUGCACAUCUAACUGCAUUACCAGUGUUAUCGUUACCGUUACUGCUGGAAUUGUUACAAUUUCAACUCCAGGACUAGUAGCGGGUACAACUACGAUCGCACCGUUCCUUGGAUGUAUCUCUAACUGUAUUACGAGUGUUAUUGUUACGACUCCAACUGGAGGUAUUACUACAGUUACGACUCCUGGUCUCGUAGCAGGCACAACUACGAUUUCGCCUCUCCCUGGAUGUACCUCUAACUGCAUUACGAGUGUUAUUGUUACGGCUCCUGCUGGAGGUAUUAUUACGGUAACGACUUCUGGUACCGUAGCAGGCACAACGACAAUUCCCCCGUUGCCUGGAUGCACAUCUAACUGCAUUACAAGUGUUAUCGUUACCGUUACUGCUGGAAUUGUUACAAUUUCAACCUCAGGACUAGUAGCGGGUAUAACAACGAUUUUACCGAUCUCUGGAUGUACCUCUAACUGCAUUACGAGUGUUAUUGUUACGACUCCUGCUGGGGGGAUUACUACAGUUACGACACCUGGUACCGUAGCAGGCACAACGACAAUUCCGCCGCUACUUGGAUGCAUAUCUAACUGCAUUACGAGUGUUAUUGUUACGACUCCUACAGGAGGUAUUACUACAGUUAAGACUUCUGGUACCAUAGCAGGCACAACGACAAUUCCGCCACUGCCUGGAUGUUCCUCUAACUGCAUUACGAGCGUUAUUAUUACGACUCCUUUUGGGGGUAUUACUACAGUUACGACUCAUGGUACCGUAGCAGGCACAACUACGAUUCCGCCGCUCCCUGGAUGUACCUCUAACUGCAUUACGAGCGUUAUUGUUAUGACUCCUGCUGGGGGGAUUACUACAGUUACUACUCCUGGUACCGUAGCAGGCACAACGACAAUUCCACCGCUACCUGGAUGCAUAUCUAACUGCAUUACGAGUGUUAUUGUUACGACCCCUGCUGCAAGUAUUACUACAGUUACGACUCCUGGUCUCGUAGCCGGUACAACUACGAUUCCGCCGCUUUCUGGAUGUUCUUUUAACUGUAUUACGAGUGUUAUUGUAACGACUCCUGCUGGAGGUAUCACUACAGUUACCACUCCGGGUCUGGUAGCGGGUACAACUACAAUUCCGCCGCUCCCUGGAUGUACCUCUAACUGUAUUACAAGUGUUGUUGUAACGACUCCUGCUGGAGGUAUUACUACAGUUACGACUCCUGGUCUCAUAGCGGGUACAACUACGAUUCCGCCGCUUUCUGGAUGUACGUCUAACUGCAUUACGAGUGUUAUUGUUACGACUCCUGCUGGAGGUAUUACUACGGUUACGACUCCUGGUCUCAAAGCGGGUACAACUACAAUUUCGCCGCUUUCUGGAUGUAUUUCUAACUGUAUUACGACUGUCAUUGUAACGACCCCUGCUGGAGGUAUUACUACACUUACGACUCCUGGUCUAGUAGCGGGUACAACAACGAUUCCGCCGCUCCCUGGAUGUCCCUCUAACUGCAUUACGAGUGUUAUUGUAACGACUCCUGCUGGGGGUAUUACUACAGUUACGACUCCUGGUGUCGUAGCGGGUACAACUACGAUUCCGCCGGUCUCUGGAUGCACCUCCAACUGCAUUACGAGUGUCAUUGUUACGACUCCUGCCGGAGGUAUCACUACUGUUACGACUCCUGGACCAGUAGCGGGUACAACUACGAUCCCGCCGCUCCCUGGAUGUACCUCUAACUGUAUUAUAAGUGUUGUUGUAACGACUCCUGUUGGAGGUAUCACUACAGUUACGACUCCUGGUCUCAUAGCGGGUACAACUACAAUUCCGCCGCUUUCUGGAUGUACCUCUAACUGUAUUACGACUGUCAUUGUAACGACUCCUGCUGGAGGUAUUACUACAGUUACGACUCCUGGUCUAGUAGCGGGUACAACAACGAUUCCGCCGCUCUCUGGAUGUACUUCUAACUGCAUUACGAUAGUUAUUGUAACGACUCCUGCUGGGGGUAUUACUACGGUUACGAGUCCUGGUCUCGUAGCGGGUACAACUACGAUUCCGCCGCUCUCUGGAUGUACCUCCAACUGCAUUACGACUGUUAUUGUUACGACUCCUGCUGGGGGUAUUACUACAGUUACAACUCCGGGUCCAGUAGCAGGUUCAACUACGAUUUUGCCGCUUUCUGGAUGUACCUCCAACUGUAUUACGAGUGUUAUUGUAACGACUCCUGCUGGAGGUAUCACUACUGUUACGACUCCUGGUCUCGUAGCGGGUACAACUACGAUUCCGCCGCUUUCUGGAUGUACCUCCAACUGCAUUACGACUGUUAUUGUUACGACUCCUGCUGGAGGUAUUACUACAAUUACGACUCCUGGUCUCGUAGCGGGUACAACUACGAUUCCGCCGCUUUCUGGAUGUACCUCUAACUGCAUUACGAGUGUUAUUGUAACGACUCCUGCUGGAGGUAUCACUACUGUUACGACUCCUGGUCUCGUAGCGGGUACAACUACGAUUCCGCCGCUUUCUGGAUGUACCUCCAACUGCAUUACGACUGUUAUUGUUACGACUCCUGCUGGAGGUAUUACUACAAUUACGACUCCUGGUCUCGUAGCGGGUACAACUACGAUUCCGCCGCUUUCUGGAUGUACCUCUAACUGCAUUACGAGUGUUAUUGUAACGACUCCUGCUGGAGGUAUUACUACGGUUACGACUCCUGGUCUCGUAGCGGGUAAAACUACGAUCCCGCCGCUCUCUGGUUGUAGAUCUAACUGUAUUACGAGCGUUAUUGUAACGACUCCUGCUGGAGGUAUUACUACAGUUACGACUCCUGGACCAGUAGCCGGUACAACUACGAUUUCGCCGCUCCCUGGAUGUACCUUUAAUUGUAUUACAAGUGUUGUUGUAACGACUCCUGCUGGAGGUAUUACUACAGUUACGACUCCUGGACCAGUAGCCGGUACAACUACGAUUCCGCCGCUUUUUGGAUGUACCUCCAACUGCAUUACGACUGUUAUUGUUACGACUCCUGCUGGAGGUAUCACUACUGUUACGACUCCUGGUCUCGUAGCGGGUACAACUACGAUUCCGCCGCUUUCUGGAUGUACCUCUAACUGCAUUACGACUGUUAUUGUAACGACUCCUGCUGAGGGUAUUACGACAGUUACAACUCCGGGUCCAGUAGCCGGUUCAACUACGAUUUUGCCGCUUUCUGGAUGUACCUCCAACUGUAUUACGAGUGUUAUUGUUACGACUCCUGCUGGAGGUAUCACUACUGUUACGACUCCUGGUCUCGUAGCGGGUACAACUACGAUUCCGCCGCUUUCUGGAUGUACCUCUAACUGCAUUACGAGUGUUAUUGUAACGACUCCUGCUGGAGGUAUUACUACAGUUACAACUCCUGGUCCAGUAGCCGGUUCAACUACGAUUUUGCCGCUCUCUGGAUGUAUCUCCAACUGCAUUACGAGUGUUAUUGUAACGACUCCUGUUGGUGGUAUCACUACAGUUACAACUCCUGGACCAGUAGCGGGUACAACUACGAUUUCGCCGCUCCCUGGAUGUACCUCUAACUGUAUUACAAGUGUUGUUGUAACGACUCCUGCUAGAGGUAUCACUACAGUUACGACUCCUGGUCUCAUAGCGGGUACAAUUACAAUUCCGCCGCUUUCUGGAUGUACCUCUAACUGUAUUACGACUGUCAUUGUAACGACUCCUGCUGGAGGUAUUACUACAGUUACGACUCCUGGUCUCGUAGCGGGUACAACUACGAUUCCGCCGCUCUCUGGAUGUACAUCUAACUGCAUUACGAGUGUUAUUGUUACCGUUACCGCUGGAGUUGUUACAAUUUCAACCCCAGGGUCAGCCGCGGGUACAACGACGAUACCUCCCCUCCCCGGAUGCAUUAUAGGAUGCGUUACGACCGUUAUCGUUACAAUUCCUUCUGUUGGGAUUACUACAGUUACGACUCCUGGCCCCAUAGCUGGCACAACGACGAUGACGCCUCUGCCAAGCUGCACGAGCAACUGUAUUAUAACCGUUAUUAUCACCACUCCUCUAACAGAUACGGCUGUAACCACAACAGUUAUUACUGGAACUGUUUACGGAACAUCGACGAUUACUCCACCAGUCGAUUGCAUGCAUCCUUGCACAACGAGUGUCAUAGUCAUCCAGCCUAGUGAUGUGGUUGUAACGACGACGAUACGUGGAUCAAUAGUUGGAACGUCGACAAUUACGCCAGCAGCCGACUGCACGCACCCGUGCACCACGAGCGUCAUUGUGACCACUGUCCCUGAUGUAGUCAUAACUUCGACUGUACCAGGAACGGUGGCCGGUACUACAACCCUUCCGCCACCGACGGAUUGCACCCAUCCUUGCACCACACGUGUUAUCGUGACUACAGUUCCCGAUGCUGCUGUUACUACGACGGUGCCAGGAACGGUGGCCGGCACGAUAACUCUUCCGCCACCAGCGGAUUGCACUCAUCCUUGCACCACAAGUGUCAUCGUAACUACAGUUCCCGAUGCUGCUGUUACUAUGACGGUACCAGGAACGGUGGCAGGCACGACAACACUUCCGCCACCGACGGAUUGCACCCAUCCUUGCACUACCAGUGUUAUCGUAACUACGGUUCCCGAUGCUGCUAUUACCACGACGGUGCCAGGAACUGUUGCCGGUACGACAACUAUUAUGCCGCCGGCAGGUUGCACCCAUCCCUGCACCACAAGUGUCAUCGUAACUACAGUUCCCGACGUCGCCGUCACCCUGACUGUACCAGGAACGGUGGCCGGCACGUCAACGCUUCCGCCGCCGGCGGAUUGCACCCGUCCUUGCACUACAAGUGUUAUCGUAACUACGGUUCCCGAUGCUGCUAUUACCACGACGGUGCCAGGAACAGUGGCCGGCACGAAAACUCUUACGCCGCCGGCGGAUUGCACCCAUCCUUGCACUACAAGUGUUAUCGUGACUACGGUACCCGAUGCUGCUAUUACCACAACAGUGCCAGGAACGGUUGCCGGCACGACAACUCUUACGCCGCCGGCAGAUUGCACCCAUCCCUGCACUACAAGUGUUAUCGUGACUACAGUUCCCGACGUCGCCGUUACUAUGACUGUACCAGGACCGGUGGCCGGCACGUCAACGCUUGCGCCGCCGGCGGAUUGCACCCAUCCUUGCACUACAAGUGUUAUCGUGACUACGGUUCCCGAUACUGCUAUUACCACGACGGUGCCAGGAACAGUGGCUGGUACAAAAACCAUUACGCCGCCGGCGGAUUGCACCCAUCCUUGCACUACGAGUGUCAUCGUGACUACUGUUCCUGAUACUGCCGUGACGAUAACGGUUACGGGCAUGGUGCCCGGGACGACGACCAUUACACCGCCACCUAACUGUACGCAUCCUUGCACCACUAGCAUUAUCGUGACCUCGGUUCCUAAUACGGCUGUAACCACGACGGUUCCCGGCACGGUGCCCGGAACGAUGACCAUUACACCGCCGCCCGACUGUACGCACCCUUGCACCACCAGCGUUAUCGUGACUUCGGUUCCUAAUUCGAUUGUAACCACCACGGUUUCCGGAACGGUGCGAGGCACGACGACCAUUACACCGCCAUCAGACUGUACGAACCCCUGCACGACGAGUGUCAUCGUCACGCUGCCGCCCGAUACGGCGACGACGAGCACGGUAAUUGGUACGGCUACGGGCGCGACGACCAUCCCGCCGCGGUCCGGUUGCACUCGCCCCUGCACGACGACGGUCAUCACAACGGUGACGCCGGUCCAGCCCUGCCCAAGUGUUACUCCAGAAUGCGGAGCUACUGGCAUGAAAGUUUCAUCUUAUAAAAACUACGCCAUUCCCCGUAGCAAUGGGUUUAGUAAUAAUCAGAUAGUAUCACCUAAUUAUUACUUACCACUUAGUCCACUCUCCACUUCUUCCACCAACCAAACCUACUUCCCUCAGGAUUCUCUCGGCAAUACGGCAGGAUUUCCGGCUGUAUACCCAGAUGGAAAUAUCAAUAACCCUUACUGGGUCGGAUGGACAAGAACGAUUAACGCCGGCAACAUGACUGUCGACGCCAAUAACUUCACCAUCGUAUAUGAAGGCUUUUAUCAACCAAAUAUCACCGGCGAUUACCGGUUUUGUGUAUCGGCAGACAACGAAGUUGAUUUGUUUUUGGGGCAGGGUAGCGCAUUCGAUUGCAUGACCCGUGAUGUUGUGCUCGUGGGCGAGGCUUUUAUAGUAACCGGCGUAGGGGGGUUCUUCAACAAUCCUGUUAAAUGCAGCACUGCCAAUAUGAUUCAGGGCCUGCUGUACCCCAUCAGACUUGUCAUGGGCAAUUGGCAGGCAUUUUCGGCACUCGAAAUGACCAUCCAAGCGCCCGGUAAGGCAGCAACUAAUACCUUUCCGGGGCAGAUGUAUCCACCUGGUUGCAAACUGGUGUUUCCACCAUAG